UUAUUUUUUUGUCAGAAUAGAGUUGCCGCCCCCUAGUGCCAGAGGAGCUGAGGACGGGAUUUGUAUAUUUAUCGAUAGCACAGAGCUGGACCGGGAAAUAGGACAGCUGGGGUGUUCCAGUAGUGGGGGCUAGGAGACAGAGAGGUUCAGAGGAGGGGGCUUUUCUACUGCAGGAUUAGAGCUAAGAAAGACAUACUUUACCUUAGGGGGGCGCCAUUUACCUCAGGAAUAGGUGGGGGUGUGUGAGGUAGACAUAGGGGACUUCAUUUUACCUUUACUUUGGUGGGGAAAUUGUGAGGUGACCACAGGGGGUGCCAUUUUACUUCAGCAUUGGGUGGAAAAGUGGGACAUUACUGUUGGGGGCGCUGUUUUGCCUCCAGAUUAGGUGGAAAAGUGUGAGGUGACCACAAGGGGCGCAGUUUUACCUCAGGUUUGGGUGGGAAAGUGUGAGGUAGACCUAGGGGGCGCUGUUUUACCUUAGAUUAGGUGGGAAAGUGUGAAGUGACCACUAGAGGCGCCAUUUUUGAUCAGGUUAGGCUGGAAAGCGUGAGAUAAACCACAAGGGGCAUCAUUUUACCUCAGAUUUGGGUGGGAAAGUGUGAGGUGACCACAAGGGGCGCCAUUUUUGAUCAGGUUAGGCUGGAGAGUGUGAGAUAAACCACAAGGGGCAUCAUUUUACCUCAGAUUUGGGUGGGAAAGUGUGAGGUGACCACAAGGGGCACCAUUUUUACUUCAGGUUUAGAUUAAGAAGUGUGAGGUAACCACAAGGGGCGCCAUUUUACCUCCAGUUAGGUUGGGAAGUGUGAGGUGACCACAAGGGGCGCCAUUUUUACUUCAGGUUUAGAUUAAGAAGUGUGAGGUAACCACAAGGGGCGCCAUUUUACCUCCAGUUAGGUUGGGAAGUGUGAGGUGACCACAAGGGGCGCCAUUUUUACUUCAGGUUUAGAUUAAGAAGUGUGAGGUAACCACAAGGGGCGCCAUUUUACCUCCGGUUAGGUUGGAAAGUGUGAGAUAAACCACAAGGGGCAUCGUUUUACCUCAGAUUUGGGUGGGAAAGUGUGAUGUGACCACAAGGGGCGCCAUUUUUUCUUCAGGUUUAGAUUAAGAAGUGUGAGGUGACCACAAGGGGCACCAUUUUUACUUCAGGUUUAGAUUAAGAAGUGUGAGGUAACCACAAGGGGCGCCAUUUUACCUCCAGUUAGGUUGGGAAGUGUGAGGUAACCACAAGGGGCUCCAUUGUACCUCCAGGUUUGGGUGGGAAACUGUGAGGUGGACCUAGGGGGGCACCGUUUUACCUUAGGUUAGGUGGGAAACUGGGAGGUAACGAGGCGCGGUUUUACCUCCGUUUAGGUUGGGAAGUGUGAGGUAACCACAGGGGGUGCCGGUUUACCUCAGGUUAGGUUGGGGAGUGUGAGGUAGAGGGUUUCCAUUUCCUGACAGCUAAUUGAAGAUCGGAGGAUUGGGAUUAUAGAGGUCAGGAUCGAGGAAGGAUUUCUAUGAAGGUGGACGCCAUGUCCAACUUCCAGAACCUGGUGAUGAUGCAGAAUGGAUCGUCUAAUCAAUCCCUUACAGGGUGCAUGUACCAACUUGUUCAAAGUCCUGGGCCAGAUGGAAAAAAUGUCCUACAACUCAUUCCAAUCCUAAAUACGAAGGAUAACCAAGUUCCAGGGGUUUCUUCUCCCUCAAUAACAAAUCCGCCCAUGCUGAGCGUACAACAGCCCGUCAGGUAUUCUUUGCCUUCAGCAGUUUCCAAUGCGCCUUUGCCGUACUCAUUGAACGCGCAACUGGUACAGCAAAUCGGUUCAGCCAACUACAUCAUUACAACCCAAAAAAAUCCUGCCGAUGUUUCCAAAACCAUACGCGUUGACGGCAAGCUUUCAGCUCACCCAAAAACAGCUGUUAUACUGGAAAAACCGCAGUUGAAUUUGCCGCCAAACCCUCAAACGGGAACCCCAUCUUAUAUAAUCAUGAAUACAAAACCCGGAUCCGCUCCUAUGAAAACCAUCCCGAUUUUUCCAGCCGGCCAUAGUCUUCAGCUACCUCCUAAUGCAGAAGUAAAAUCCAUUCCUGUUUCUUCCCUGCCUUACUCUAUUCAGCAAAGAAUUUUACCCCCGAACGCAAGUAACGAUACCACCAAGAUGCCUUCCGUUAUAUACGUAUCUCCUGUGAAUGCCAUGAAGACACCAACAAACGUACCGCAGUCUCCUCUGUUAUCUCCAGUGUUGGUUCCAGCUGUGCAGUCUGGUACCACAACACCUAAAGGACCAUUGAAGUGGGUUGUGCAAGAAAACACAGAAUCUGUUGUUCCAGUAAGAACAAAUACUGAAACGGCAUCAAAGAUUGUAACAUUUAUGGCCAGAGCAAAGACUGAGGAACUAAACUCGCCCAGUUCCAAUGUCACACAAAUUAAAGACAAUGCUCUUGUAAUGUGUAAUAAUAAAUUUUACUUUUUGGCAAAAAACACAGGGGAACUUAAGAGUGCAGUCCAUGUCAAACAGGAAACUCCUGAAAAAAAUCUAUUCGAUGCAGAAAAAGGGAAAGAUCUCUCUAAAUUAAUUGAAGUGGUUUUGUCCAAAAAUAAUUUGCCUCCUACAACCCCCAAACCAACACAGAACUCUGACAGUUCCCCACUUGUUCAUCCAGAUGUUGCCAGUCCUGCAAAAUCCAAAACGUGCACACCCGCUCCAGCCAGUAAAAAAGAGCCUGAAGUGAUUUAUAUUGAUGAUGAUGACGAGGAGGACAUUCCUGCCAGCAUCCAAAAACCUCAAGACAUCCAUCAAUCAAAAGAAACCAGUUCUGCCAAAGUAUACACCCCUUCGACUUUACAGAUUUCAAAUAAUCAGGUCAAAGACAAGGACGUAGAGAUCGUGAAGGUGAUAAAAGAAAAGGACGUAGAGAUCGUGAAAGUGAUAAAAGACAAGGACGUGGAGAUUGUGAAGGUGACAAAAGCCCCCGUGUUCCGUGUCAUCGAUGACAAAACUUUGCGGGCCAAAUUUGGCCUUUUCAAGAAAGAGAAGAUCAUUCUCAACAGGCUACCUCGUUUCCGCCCUGAGAGCAGAACCUCUUCCACGAGUCAGAACAAAGACAAGCUGGCUUAUGGUGAAAAUCCGGAGAGAAGAAAUUUUCCAUUUUCAGAAACAUUCAGCACUUCAAAGCGGCGGAAAAGCGAAGACUUCAGUAUGACCCCUGACACAGCUGGAAGGUCAUUUUCUACAACAGCACCUCUCCCUGCUGGAACAGCAGGCGUGACGCACACAAUGUCCAGAGAAGGGACAGCAUUAACGGAAACAAAUGGCGCCUACAGGAAUGUAAGCGCGUCAUACUCCGCCCAGGACAGUGCUCCAGAAAUGUAUACAGAACCCUCAGACAGCCAAUCUUUUUAUGUCAGCCAGGACAUCGCUGGACAUUUCAGUGAAGCUCCUCUACCACCGAGACAGAGGUUUCACUUUGAGUCUGUGUAUCCCGAUGAAACAACCAAGGACGAAAAAAUCCAACGUCUGAAGGAGGUGAUGAAGGAGCGGGAGCGGGAUCUGGAGGUCUUAAGAAGACAGAAGUGGCCCUAAAAAAUCCUAUUAGAAAUUUUUGUCUCCUUUUUCCUGCCUCAACCUAACUCUCCCGCUCCCUCCACAGAUGCAUACUUGCCUUGACUUUGAUGGCCACAGCUUCUGUGCAUUCUAGUCCUAUGGGACCGUUUCUUUUGUUCAGGACACCGUUCCUUAGAAGCCUCUGGGGCUAUAAUUCGCAGGUGCGCCCCAUUAUGUAAACAUACAACUGAGGCCACGGCUGUCAGGUCAAGGGAAGUAUGCAUCUGCGAAAGGGAAGGUGGGUUAGGUCAAGGGAAUGGUUUAAUGGGGGUAAGUGCCCUUUGUCUUAAAGUUCACUUAUCUUUUGAACUAUUUUAGAAUAAUGCCCCUAAAAUUGUCUAUACUUCUACAUUUUAUUUUUUAUCAUUCUGCAUGCUGCAUAAGAACAUGAUUUUUGUUUUUAGGUUAUUGCUUGUACAAAGAAUAGUUUUCUACCAUGAGGAUCUCUGCUGCCCACAGCCGCUGGAUACAAGCAGAAGGAGAGGUUUGCACGGGCUGUCAGAGCUAAAAUGGACAUCCAUGUGCACAGGCCCCUGGCUGAUGAUAUUGGGUACUUGAGGAGUACCAUAGAUGCAUAAGAGACAUAGAGAGGCCAGGUAUCAAGACCUGUGCUAAAUUUUUUUUUUUUUUUUUUCGUUUUUAUAUAUAAUAUAUAUAUAUCUCAUGUCGUCUGUUUUGAAUUGUGCUCCAUUCCAUUUGUAUUGCAACGUUGUAUUAUUUUUGUUCUUUGAUAUUUUUGGUAUUGGAACAUACAAUAACCAUAAAUGUUUUCUGCUUUUAAAUAC